AUGUCAAAGGCCCGAUAUGGUGAUUUGUGUAUGCAAAUUAUUUGUGAUGGAGAUUCUUUCAAGUUUUCAUCUUCUUCUCUUUGGUGGAGAGAUAUAUUAAAGGUUAGUAUUAUGUCUUCUAAUCCUUUAAAUAUUGAUCUCAUUGUUUCGAAUUGUAAAUUCACGGUGGGAAAUGGUUUUAAUACCCCUUUUUGGGAAUUUUGUUGGUGGAAUAAUUGUAUUUUAAAGGAGUUUUUUCCGAAACUUUUUUUGCCUUCUUCUUUAAAAAAGGUUUCGGUAGCGGUUAUGGGAGGGUGGUGUGAUGGGAAUUGGAUGUGGAGGGAUCUUGGUAUUUCGGUAGUUGGAAGAGAUGCGGAUUUUUUAAAUUCUUUUUCGGUGUUGAAGGAUAUUUUGAAUAAUUUCGGUAGCUUGAACGAUACAAAGGAUUAUGCGGUUUGGUUGUUGGAUUUGGAGAAAGGUUAUACGGUUUCUUCUUGUUAUUGUUUUUAUGCUUCUAGGCGUAUUCCUUAUGGUCCUCCGAUUAAGUGUGAAGAGGCUUUCAAUUUAAUUUGGAAAGAGGAAGUUCCUUUCAAGAUAAAAACGUCUGGUUGGAGGCUUUUUGUAAAUAGGUUACCCACUAAAGAUUUAUUGGUGUAUAGAGGUAUUACUUUUACUCAUGCUAAUUUAAAUUGUGUUUUUUGUGAUUCUCAUGUGGAAGAGGCGGAUCAUAUGUUUUCUAAAUGCAUAGUGAUAAAGUUGGUUUGGAAAGAAAUUGCGUCGUGGGUGGGUUUUUCGGGUUGGGCGGAGGAAGAGGGUAUCCCGUUUUUUGUGGAAUGA